AGGAAACUAAAUCUGCCCACUAACUCCUUAGAAGCCCAAUAAUGAACUUGUUAUACAUUCAGUGUCGUAUACGGCUGGAACUACUGCAGUCUAUAAGUCUGCAAACCACAAACUAUAUCCUCUGAAAUGACCAUAAAAUUGAAUCACUAUCUCUAUAAAACACUUAAAAACCAAACAUUAAAACCUGGAAAAAAAUUAUUAAUUGCAGGACUGUUAUAUUAGACUGCAUUAGUUUUAACUAAUUGACCGAAUAAAUUGGCAGCUGAAUGAAACUUGUUUUUUUAAACUGUGCAAAACCGAAUGCUAAUAAGCUUUCAGUGUUUUUACAGGGAGUUAUGGGCCAGCCUAUGUCUUGAGCAUGACCAGUUGGUAGGUUACCAGCAGAGUUGCUGCUCCUAGCCAAGAAAUAGUUUGGCAUGUAAACCUCCUAAACCAUCAAAUUGUAGUUUUUACACUUCAGUUCUAGUACAGAAAACAUGACAUAACGUGUUGGUUAUUGAGCUUUAGAGGUGUUGGAUUUUGGUACUUUUGGACAGAGCCAGGCUAGCUGUUUCCCCCUGUUUCCAGUCUUUACGCUAAGCUAAGCUAAAUGGCUGCUGGUGGUAGUUUCAUGUUUACUGUACAGACACAAAAGCCGUAUCCAUCUUCCAAUCUAACUUUAUAACUAUAUCAUCAUAAAUAUUUCUUUUGCAAAAAAAAAAAAAAAUUUUAAAAAAUGAUAAAAGUCAACAGCUCCUGUUGUCUAGACUGUUGAACAGAGCGGCUGUAAUCAGCUGGCUGCAAGCCAAGAGUCUCAUACUAAUGUCUUUACGUAACUGUGAUGUUCAGCUGCCUGAUAGCAUGAGUUUUCACUACACUUACCUGUUGGGCCACAGAUUGUUCUUCCGUUCUCUGCUCCUACUUGUUCGUAUCAGUUACUUUUUUAUUUUUGUUUCAAACAACAUUUUCAUGAAAUGCUUAAUGAAAAAGCAUGCUGAUAAUAAACCAAACCAGGAAGUACUUGUGAUGGCAUGAUGACAUGCUAUCUGCUGUAACAAACAGUAACCUAAAUUGACGGAUCCAAAAGAUAGAAGAAGAGAGCAAGAACAGGAGCGAGUGGGGCAGUCACGUCCUGCAGCAUUUACACAUAACAUCACCAAAUGGCCCUGACAGUCAGUGGAUUUAGAAUUGCUCGGAGCUUGUUGUGUUAUGUUUCACUGCAAUGUAAUGCCAACUGUUGUCAUGUUGUUGCAUUGCUUUUAGACUGUUUUGUUAGUUUUGUAAAAUAAUUACAGGCCCGAGGUCUGUUGUUAUGCUAAUGAGCAUGUGGGGAUGAGACAUAAAUGUAUUUGACUUGUUCUUCAGUGUGAUAUUAGUUCUCACUAACAGGUCAAUAGUACUGCACCUUCAGAGUUUUUACAGCAGAAAACAUCUUCAAAAAUUAGGUCAGUUUGAUAUUCUCUGAGAGCAUCAUCCAUUUUUCAUUUGUUCGAGUUUAAACUUUUGCCGUGUCUUUACAGCCUCGCAGCAGGUUUUGGCUUCUUUAUAGUUCUGCUCAGUUUUAGACUUGUGAGAGAAGUUUGUGUUUUCAUGGUCGGGUACAUUUACAGUUGUUGUCAUGAAGUCUGGUCUGUCUUGAUUGAGUGAUUAGGCCCAUUUGCAAUCAUUGAUAAAAUGUUUAAUGGAGGGAAAAAACUCUCAUCAACAUCCAAUGAGAGCACAUUCACAUAUGAUGAGAUGUGUUUAAAGCUGUCAGCUGGGGAAAUCACAAUGUGUUUAUGAUAUUUUUAAAAAGGCUCUACAAAAGGAGAAAACCAAUAUCUGUGUCCUUUUAACCCUGCUGCACUCUGUGUUUGUACUUUCAUAACAGGAUUAAUGCUCAGAUCUAUAGAGCUUCAUUUCAUUUGGGAGAAGAGAUACAAAGGUUUGGGACAAAAACGAUUCAAAAUGUUAGUGAAGAAUUUCAGUCUUGCCGAGGGGCUUCACAGAUAUUCUGAGUAAUUACAGUGUUAUGCUUUAAGCACGGUUCACAGAUUUAAAAUGUCACUCAUAUGUGGAAAUAUUGCAUAACUCUAGUGUUGAACUUUUGCAGAUAAAGAGAAUAAAAGUGAUUUAGGAUAAAUACUUUCAUUUAUCAUUUAAAUAAUUAACAGGAAUUGUAAAUGUUUGCAGGAUUUGAGUGUCAGUGAACCCAAUAAGUGGUGAUAAAAAAACAUUCUUAUCUAACACAAGACUGUACCUACAAUGAUUGUUGCUCAUUUGCAUUAUCCACUGUAAGAGGAGGGAGCUGUUAAUUGCUGGACAAGCUGAUGUCAGGUUUGGAGCAGUAUAACUCAGUCAAUCACACCACAUUAAGCAACAUCAACUUCCAACACCUAGUCAAAGUUUGCAUAUUUCUAUAACCUGUGAGUAGUUCAAGCAAAGACAGAUUUUAGUUUUUUUUGUUAAUCAUCUUGUGACUCCUCAGAUUUAUUGUGUGGAUGUAGAUGUUUCUGUUGAUGAGCAUUGAGCCAAACUCCUCAAAACAUGAUGUAUUUGAAAUAUUGAAACUCUUGUAAAGAGUGAAGCAUAAGGCAAUGCUCAUGGAAGCGCUUCAUAAGAUAAAAACACAAUCAGAUAGACUGUGGAGCUCUCAAUUUGGGCAGAUGAGGUUAUAAAGAAGUUAAGAAAGACAAGCAGACACUGCGGAGUCCCGUGUUUUCCUCCCAAUCCUCCUCUCCUGUCACAGGAUGAAGGAUCUUCCAGGAUCCUCUCAGGACUUCAGCUCUGUUGCUCUUUACUUCCCCUGUGACAUCUCUCCACCAUCAGAGAGUUUGGACCUGUGGAACUAAAGAUACAUUUUGUAUCAGAGCCAUCAAUAACUAACACACACUAAAGGUGUUAUUCUGAGUGUGUAUGGGGGAGUUCCAGUCUGGGUGUGGGGCUACGUGUCGAGACACAACUAUUUAUUUAAGAACUUUUUGUCUCUAUCUCUACUCUACAUUUAACCUGGCUGUUGCAGACUAGUGUUUGCAGUAAAUGGUGCGGUAUGUGGCUGAUACUCUAAACUUCAGUCCCUGAAACAUGCACAUAACACGUCGAGGCUGGACAAGACGGAUAAAAUAUGCAUCUUGAUAUUUUAAGCUUGAGUGAUGUCUUUACAAAUUGUGUUGAAGCCCUUUUCAUACAGAUCAAAUCCCCCAAAGGAAAACCUUUACAGAUACUGAGCAUGAAGACCUUUGAAAGUGAAUAAAUAAUAAAACCCUUAAACAGGGUGUUGCUAGUCAGAAAGACUUUGCUUAGUCCAUGACACCAGCUUGUCUGUGACAGCAACAUCACGUCUGUGAUGUGCUUCUGUCUGAGUGUGUUUAUGUCCACCAGCAAGGUUAGCUUCAUCUUGAUCCGAUUCUAUUUACAACAUACAAAGAGAAAGUUGGCUGAUGGCUGUUUGUUGACACCUAGUGGUUCUCCCUAGAGACAGACUGGUCACCAAAUAGUGAUACUUCUAAUAGUAAGUAUUCAUCAAAAGUAAAUGAUUUGCAUGUGACGGCACUUCUGUUUAACGACAUAAUGUAUAAUGAUAUAGCCAUACCUGUAUAGCCCUAGCACAACGGGAUUCAAGUCUUAAGUUAUUGAAACUUUUUAUUUAAUGUGCUGUAUAUGUUUACUGUUCAUUUUAUUAUUUUUACUUGUUUUGUUUUCUGAUUACUUGUUACAUGGUUAAAAUAAAUCUAUCUAUAAUCAUAUCUAAAACCUAGUUGUAGACCUUUUUCUUCUGCGACACACACUAUGUAGUUAUUAUGCUGUGGGAUGUUAACAUUAAAUAACUUACAUAAUGACCUUAAUGUUUAUAUACAUAAAUAAUCAUCUUAAUAUUGAAAGGAAUCUUAGGAAAAUUGUCCAAGAAUAAUACUAUGUGUAUACUUCUUUUAAUGGCACAGUAUCUGUGCGUUCCACUACCCAUAAGCCAGAAAAUGAUUUAGUAUGUCCCCAAUACAUAGCAUAAUAAAUGUAUGCCAAAAAAUACCGAGAUGUCAUACUGCAUCCGGACCCAUUUUGCAGUUUGUACAUACUUUGUAAGGGAAGCUGCAGUUUGUACUAAGAGUAAAAGGCAUGUGAUCUGGAACACAGUGGUCGUGUGCACAGGAGGUGUCAACGCAUGCUAGAUACGCCAAUAUAGAAAAAGUGUUGCAAAAUGCUCUCAUGUAAGUCAGACAUCUGUCUUUAUCUUGAGUCUGUUUGUUUUUUUACUGUUCUUUGUGAAAAGUACUUUACAGAUCAUUUUGCAAUCACUAAUAAAAAUCUCUAUUUUCUCUGCAUGGUUUGCUAUUUGUGUGUUUAUCAUCGUAUUUGUUCUACUGAUACCACAAAACCUCUGACUGCUUCAUACAUGCGUGCAUUUAAGUAUUUGUGUUUGUGUGUAAAUACCUACUUUAUUACUUUUUGUGUGCGCGCGAUCUUGAAUUUGAAUAUUGGUAAGUGACUGAGGGGGAAAAGCCCCUUGGUUGCCUUUUCUCCUAAACCCUGCAGGCAAACAGCUCAGGCAUGUUUAUAACAAGGGGGAAAGUGAGAAACGAUGUAUAGAUUAAGGUAUAAGGUGUCCAAAGUGCUAUAAUUAUACUAUAAUUACCUCAUCUUCUCUCGACAGAAGACAGGUUUCAGUUCUGGAUAGAUAUACUGAAGUUGUAAUUCUGAGUGUGUAUGGGGGAGUUCUAGUCUGGGUGUUGUAUGCGUGUAUCUAUUAUUAAUUCAACUUAAGGAGAGGGAUGAUUUGUAGACAAAAUCUGUCCCUCGCUCUCUCUUUCUUCUUGUUUCUAACCCUCUAUCAUUUCUUACUUCUGUCCUCUCUCCUCCACCCAUCAAAUGAUCCAGGGGAGUCUCCAAGCAUGAACUCCACUGACCUCUGCAGGAGAUUACAAUAAGCUCAACCGGCUGUGAAAUCAUGAGCGCUCCCACGUCAGGAACCCCAAAUACGGAGGUGAAUGUGGUCUCCCAGGAGAUGGCAUUGCUUAGCAACAUUCUGGCAGCUUACACCUUCAUUGCAGACCAACCCGAGAGGACAGCCUUGGUGUUUCUGGGCGGUGUCUGCGUUGGCCUUCUUGUCACACUCUGCGCCAUCGUCUUCCAGAUACACUGUCGGACAGACUGUCACUAUGGCAACAGUAAGCACCCUCACCACCGCCACAGGAACAGGCAUCCUCAGCGUCGCCAUCACAGCUGUCCCCUCCAUCAGCCCAUUGACAGCAAUCCAGACAACACUGCUGUUGUUGCCUCUGGAGGAACCGGGCCUGCCGGGGACAGCGAAUCAGAGGACUGGGAUGACACGUCUGACCUGUCAUCACGGAGACGCAGACGAUUUGAGAGAGCUCUGCUGCACGCCACCAUGUUCACAUCAGCUGAGGAGCUGGACCGGACCCAGAGGCUGGAAGAGCGGGAACGGAUUCUCCGAGAGAUCUGGAUGAACGGACAACCAGACAUCAGUACAGUCACUCAAAGCCUGAACAGAUAUUACUGACAGAUAAUCAAACAGGCAGAUAGUCAGAGGGUCACGAAUAUAGACAGGUGAGCAGAUGGAUAAAAGGUGAAAAGUAAACAAAUGAAAAAAACAAAACAAAGGAUGCAAUGAACAUAAAUCAUCAUAUCGGAAGCGCUGUCUGCACUUCACCAAAGAGACUCUUACAGAUCAAACUAUUAGUGACAGCACUGCCAGGAGCAGUCCCCUCCAUUAUGUAAACAACAAGGAAAUCAUAUGAGUUGUGAUGGCUCAGUCCUCCGAUACAGGAUGACACUGAAGUGUCGAACAAGUAAGCCUCAAGACACAGCGGACCUUCAGAGCACACACUGCGAUGUGUAACUGCUGUUGAUGAAAACUGCACAAGGGAUUUUAUAACUUUCCAAAUUUUUAACAGCUGCUUUUAAAAAACAUGGACAGAAAAGGACGAGGCUGCAAUGCUUUGGCUGUUAGUGGCUGUGUGGGUUCCAACAUUGGUGAUAAUGUGAUGUUGCACUUUUCUCAGCUCACCCUUUUUUUCUGUGUGAAUUGGAACCUAAAUGAAAGGUGCUCAAUAAAGAAUUCAGAGCAUUUCUAUUGCCUCUACACGGCUCUCAACAUGGCGACAGUGCCAAGAUACAUUUACACAUACUGGUGCUUCUACUGCUGUAUUUCUGCAUCCCCAGAUGAAAAGAAUACUUAUAGGAAGGACACUAAAUAGCUGUGGUGGUUGAUAAAAUAUGCAAGGUAUAACUUGCAAAGUCUGUUAGUUGCAUCUGUCUGCUGGAGGGUUAUGUUGUUGCACAAGUACAGCAGGUCAUCAUGUUUGAGAGGGUCAUGCUGCCUCUCAUCCUUUGGUUUAUGUGAUAAUGUGCUCAAAAAAAGUAUAAACUUUCAUUCCAGGAAUUUAUGGAAGCAGUUUUCUGUACUGUAUUGAGUAAAGUCCCGUAUUAAAAUGAAAUAUUGUGGCUCACAUUUCUUCAACAGUUUUUAAAUGUCUUUGGGAAUGUCGUACAUGUGUGUCAUCCGCUGUUAGGAGGUAUUAUGGACUGUGGUGAGAGCCCAGAAGAGAUAUGUCCAGGGAAUGAUCUUGUUGACA